ACCCAGAAGUCGCUUAACAUCGAAGCAAUCCCACCAGAAAAAAAAACAUCGAGAGGCUUUCGGGAGACAAUCUCCAAGAAAUGGGCAAGGGCAAGGUCCACCCGUCGCCGUCGCCACCGGUGGCCGGCGGCGAGACGGCGAAGGGGGUGCUCCUCCGGCUGCUCCCCGCGGUCGUGCUCGCCAUGGCGGCGCCGCUGGGGCCCGAGGGGAAGGAGGUGCUCGCGUACCUUGUCCUCGCCUCGCUGCGCUCCUCGGCGCCGCCCACGCCGGCGAGGGAGGAGCUCUCCGCGGCUGGGGAGGGCUGCGGGAAGAAGCCCCACCGUCCGGAGCUCGGGUGCGGGUGCUUCGGGUGCUACACGGCGUACUGGUCGCGCUGGGACGGGUCCCCGGAGCGCGACCGCGAGGCGAUUCACCGGGCCAUUGAGGCCUUCGACGAGCACCUGGCCCGGCAGGAGGAGGGGAAGGGUGGCCGCCGCCGCAAGAAGCGAGCGGCCUCCUCCAGGGGCAAGGCCAAGGCGUCGGCGGCCGUUGACCCUCCGCUGCCUGAGCAGGGGGAGACCUCGGACGCCGCGGCUCCUGUGCUGGCGGAGGUGGUUGAGGGCAGGGAGGAGGAAGUGAAGAAGACGGUGGAAGAGGAGGAAGCCACCACCGCGUCUUGCGCCCGCGACGACGUCCCGGAGGAGCGCAGGCGCCGGGUGUGGGGCGCGGUCGCCGGCGUGUUCAACUGGAGGGGAUGGGGCCUGUGGGGGUCCCACUAGUCGGUGACGCAAGCCGAUAUUCCUCGCCAGUGAGAUCUUUAGUUCGUUUAGCCGGUUGGUGGGCUUGAUGUUCUGUUGGGGUUUUAGGUUUGAUUAGUCAGUCAAAUCGGUAUUAUAUUUUUUUCCAUGUAUACUAGUAGUACUACUUGUAUGUUACACUAGCACAAUGAUAAUAAUGGUGGUGUGGUGGUCAUGUAUUUGGUUCCUUGGUGUAAAUAUUUUGGUUUGAUUGGGUUCUUCAUGGUUGGUGUCAUGAGUAUGUGUGUACGUUAUGCAAAUGGAAUGUCCAUUUAAUGGUAAGUGGUGAAGGGUUCAAGAAUUUUGCAGUA